UUCAUUUUUUUAUAAAAAUCUAAUUUUCCUUUUUCAAAAUAUUAACGGUCAAGAUCUUAUAAGCCCCCCCUCCUCUUGUGCCAAAACUCUCUCUUACUCUCUCUCUUUCUCUCGCUCUCUGCCUUUUGCUGUAGUUAGAAGCUUUCGUUUUGGUCUCUCUCUUUCUAGUUUCUCUCUUUAAACUCAGGUUUGGUGGAGAAGCGAAGCAAUUGAUCUGUGAAUUUAUCGUUUUUGAAGGAUAUUCUUUUGAAUUUUGUGUUUUAGAGAUAGGGGAGGUGAAAUGGAGAGAGAUUUUUUGGGUUUGAAUUCGAAAGAACCACUAGCUGUUGUUAAGGAAGAGGUUAACUCUGAUGCGUACAAAGAGAUAGGAUUUAGUAAAGGUUCAGGUAUACACUGGCCCUUCUCCAACAAGGUGUCUGCUCUUCCUCAUUUGAAUUCUUUCAAGGUUGCUUUAGAAGACAAGACUAAAAGGAUUGUAUCUGACUCCUUAGCGUCCCCCGGAUUCUUGUCCAUCUCAACUGCAGAUGCAUCUGACCCUAGCCAAAGACAGUUUAUGCCUGAAAUCCAGAAAUCAUUCAAUCAUGACAGGCAAGGUGGGAGUCAUUUUACAUUGACUGCUUAUCCUGCGCAACAUGAGGUGCAUUCUGUUCAUCAUCCUCUCGAUGUGAAGAUGUUUCCAGUGUCCAACCAUGGAAGUUUGAUUUCUAUGGCGAACCCUUUCUUCAAAAAUUAUUAUGCAACUUCCAGUCAGAAUAUGGUUGGUAAUACCACAAAGCCACAAUUACUUGGAGGAAUUCCUGUCACAACCCCACAAACAAUUAUUCCAACUAUUGGUUCUGUUACUGGGAUGAUGGAUUCGUGUGCCAAAUCCUCUGGAUCUCCUGCUCAGCUGACCAUCUUUUAUGCUGGCACAGUGAAUGUGUAUGAUGAUAUAUCGCCUGAGAAGGCUCAGGCUAUCUUGUUCUUGGCUGGAAAUGGCUCUUCCAUCUCCUCCAACAUGGCACAGCCAAAAAUUCAAGUCCAGGCACCAAGCUCAAAGCCAAUAGCAACUGAUAUUAGUCCUGUGAGCCAACCUGUAACUACACCACCCUGUUCCUGUCUGUCCAGCCCUUUAUCUGUUUCUUCACAUACUGGUGCUCAAUCGGGGAGUGGCUCUACUAGUACUGAGGAGAUCUUGACAGCUAAAAGCACCGGAACUACAACUCCUGUUAGUAAACUGGAGUCUCCAAGAAUUGCAAGCACAAUGGGAUCUGUUGCUGCAACAACCAUGAUACCAUCUGCAGUGCCCCAAGCUCGAAAGGCGUCCUUAGCUCGGUUUUUGGAGAAGCGCAAGGAGAGGGUGAUGAGUGCAGCACCAUACAGCCUAUGCAAGAAGUCUCCUGAAUCAAUCACCCAGAAUCCAGUGGACUGAAUACCUCUGCAACCUCUGCAGUAGGAACUGGUUCUCUCGGCAAGCAAGGAGAGCAACCGCAACAAAUGAAGCCAACUUAGAAGGGAAUCAUUGCAAUUUAUGUAGUAAAUUAAAGAUGUAAGCCCAUUUAUUUUAGUUUUUUACUAGAAUAACUGUAAUCCUUUUGUUUGAUUUCAAAACUCAAACAUAUAUAUAUAGGGUUGGUGUAGGGUUUUCCCUAUUUUUUCCCUUCCAUUUCCCUUUCGAUUAAUGUAUUCGGAGAAGAUAUAUACUAAGUACAUUUUGUAGCUUUGUAACAUUUGUUACAUUGUGGAAAUAAAUACCAGAUUAAUACCAAG